AUGAUUACAAAAAUCGAAACAUCCGCACUUUCGACAUCAACGGCACCAAAUUCAUUAGUCAUGAAUCCUACGUCAAUGUUAGUAGAAAUGAAAAACUUCAUUCCUUCUUCAUUUACUUUCGAAACAGAAAUACAAAAAAUUAAGCAGGAACUUUUAACAAGUAAUUUAGACUGUAGCGCGAAAGAUGAAACAAAUGGAGAGGAGUUAUAUGAAAUGCAAGAUAUCAUAGACCAUUUACCUAAAUUACCUGAAGUUCAGCAACAGAAACUAACUAUUCCUGAAUUCGAUGAAAUUGAAGUUAAAGUUAGUGAUUCUGCAGAAAUUAAGAAAUUCAUUCGUAAGGUAAAUUCUGAAUUCUUAGGUUUUCAUUGUAACCACAAAGUUAUGGAUAAAGACUGCGACAUGAUUUAUAAAAACAUUUCAGAUAUUUAUAAAUCUGAGGAAUUUAAGACAUACGAUAACUUUGUUUCAUUAGCUGCUCAAUGUGUGUGGGAGAUUAGAGAUAAAGACAGAAGAGGUAAAGUAUGGCAUGAACAGAUAAAACCAACUGCUUCAGAUUUAAAGAAAGCUAUUGAUGCUUUAGUUAUUUUAGCAGGUAAGGUUUCAGAAUAUAACGCAAAAAUGAAUCCUCAGUGUUCGAAAUGUAAAGCAGCAAUUAGGAAAUAUAACUAUUCAGUAAAAGAGAUAGAAAGAAUGAGAAAAUUACGAAGAUUUAAAGAGGGAGGCAGAGAAACCAGCAGAA